AUGGCCCAGCUGAGCUUCCUCACGGGGAGAGGCGCCCUCAGCCCCAGCAGCCUCAGCCCUGCCACCUCUGCCUGCUGGCGCCUUGCUCGUUUUCACCCCACGGCAACAAUGACCACCACGUCGGGGCCCGGGACCACACUGCGGGAGGAGGGGACCCGCGGCUCUUUCCGCUCCUUCCCAGCGCUGGCCGGGCUGCAGCUGCUGGCGCUGCUGGCCAUGAUUGCGGCCGUGCUCUGGGUCAGCGUGCGGGGCCGCUGGAGCCGUGCAGGGACCCCACGGCCCGGCCGGCGCCGCUCGAGCCCCGAGAGCCCCGGUGCCGACGGCGCGGGCAGGGGGAGGCCGCACCGGGCCCCGCCGGGCCCUCCCCGCUUCCCCCGCCCGCUCCAACAAACGCUCCCGCGGCCCCGACCCUCGCAUCCCCGGCGGCCCCGCCGCCCCGCAGGCUGCGGGGCACUGACCGGGCCCGGAACCGUGCGGGGGUUCCUGGGCGGUUCCCUGUCGGUCACCUGCACGUACCGGCCGGGCUGGGAGGAGUUGCCGAAAUUCUGGUGCAUACCAAGUAGACUUAUUGGUGUUACCUGUGAAAAGGACCUCGUCAUCACCUCGGAGUCGCAGCCCGAGGUGCUGCAGGGCCGCUUCUCCAUCCGGGACAACCGCAAACACCGGGCAUUCACGGUGACCGUGGAUGGUCUGUCCAAGGAGGACGCGGGCACCUUCCGCUGUGGGGUGCGAACGGAAAUGGUUUUGCGUGAUGUGAGUGCUGGUGUGAAGGUGAUCGUGCUCCCAGCAGCAGUGACCCCCACGUCGCGGGACUGGGCACAGACUGCGGGAGGAGGUUUCACCCCGAGCGUGACAGGAACACGGGGCCCGGACGCCCCGCAGGGGACCCGCGGCUCUUUCCGCUAUUUCCCAGCGCUGGCCGGGCUGCAGCUGCUGGCGCUGCUGGCCAUGAUUGCGGCCGUGCUCUGGGUCAGCGUGCGGGGCCGCUGA